AUGUGUGUUUAUCGUAAUUUCCAAACGCUUUCCACAAAGGCACGUAGCACCCUUGGCAUCGCUUGGGCAGCAAGUGGAGGCGAGCCUGCCGUGGCAGCGGAGCGACUGGAGGAGCACUUUCGUCGGACUCGAGCGCUGCAUCGCGAGCGCACACUCCACUGUAGUGGAGUGCCCGCCUGGUCAGAGGAGGAGUUUCUCGAGCUGGCUCCGCUCUUUUACGCCAUCUGGGCUGACUCCAGCAUCCGCGCAACCUUUGAUCAACGAAACCGUUUCAUCACUGAAGGAUUUAGCGAAAAUACGCGCUACUAUCUCAACCGUCUCCAUCAGAUUGCCAUUCCUAAUUAUAUCCCUACAAAGGAGGAUAUAGUUUGGUCACGCCGUCCUACAGAUUCCAUUAUUGAAGAAGAAAUCAUGGUCCAUGGAACCCCAUUAAUCUUUGUCGAUGUUGGUGGGCAGACAAAGGAACGUCGAAAGUGGUGCCAGACCUUUACUGAUAUGAUAUCCAUCCUCUUUCUCGUGGGCUCCUCCCACUAUGACGAGCUCUAUCUCGAUCGAGUGACGGGAGAGUGCCGAAACAAACUGCGCGAGGCAAUGACUGUCUUCGAGGGUCUCAUCAACCUUGACACCUUUCGUCGGGUCUCCAUAAUCAUCUUCUUCAACAAGACUGAUUUACUCAAAGAGAAGAUCGAAGCACAUGUUUCUGGGAUUCGUGCGCAUUUCCAAGAGUUUCCCGAUGAUGCGGAUGAGUUUAAUCUCGUCUCAGUACAAAAUUUCCUGGUGGAAUCCUUUGCUUCUUUAGUGGAUCCUGUUGUAUAUCCUUCCGGAGCGGAAUUACCCCCUACUUCUGAAAUGCGACAUAAUCGAUUAUGCUGGUUUCAAAGAAUGGGUUCUAAACCGCAAACGGAAGCGAGUGGCAGUAAUUCUUCUAAUGCUAUUCCUUCGCGAGGAAGUGAUUUUUCUAAUAGGGUGCCCCGAAAGAGGACUAUUUACAGGCACUUCACGACAGCUGUGGACACGAAGAACAUUCAAAUGGUUUUUAACGCGAUGCAGGAUACCAUUCUCCAGAAUAACUUGCGACGGCUAAUGCUGAGCUGA